GGAUCGAGCUGACGGGGGAGAAGGACAUGGACUUGGCCUCUCAGGUCCAGGAGCUGCUGGAGUUCCUGCAUGAGAAGCAGCAGGAGGUGGAGCUCGCGGCGCAACACACACACACCCGGCUGGAGCAGAUCCUGCAGCUGCGCCACCUACAGGGCGAGGUCAAACAGGUGUUGGGUUGGAUUCGUAAUGGUGAGUCCAUGUUGAACGCCAGCAUGGUGAACGCCAGCUCUCUGUCUGAGGCCGAGCAGCUGCAGAGGGAACAUGAGCAGUUCCAGAUGGCUAUAGAGUCUCUCUUUCAUGCUAAUUCUCUCCAGAAGACACAUCAGAGUGCUUUGCAAGUCCAGCAAAAAGCUGAGAUCAUGCUUCAGGCCGGUCACUACGAUCCGGAGGCCAUCAGAGGCUGUGCUGAGAAAGUGGCCGUCCACUGGCAGCAACUGAUGCUGAAGAUGGAGGACCGGCUGAAGCUGGUCAAUGCCUCGGUGGCUUUUUACAAGACAUCUGAACAGGUGUGCAGUGUGUUGGAGAGUCUGGAGCAGGAGUAUCGUCGGGAUGAGGACUGGUGCGGCAGCCAUGAUAAACUGGGGCUGUCUGCAGACUGCGAACACCUCCUCCCUCUGAUCAGCAAACACCUGGAGCAGAAAGAAGCCUUCCUCAAGGCGUGCACUCUGGCCCGGAGGAACGCAGAGGUGUUUCUGAAGUACAUCCACAGGAACAAUGUGAGCAUGCCCGGAGCCUCCGGUCACACCAGAGGGCCCGAACAGCAGGUCAAAGCCAUUCUGAAUGAGCUGCUGCAGCGAGAGAACCGAGUCCUUCACUUCUGGACGUUGAAGAAGCGAAGGCUGGACCAAUGUCAGCAGUACUUGGUGUUUGAACGCAGUGCCAAACAGGCGUUGGAUUGGAUCCAAGAGACGGGUGAAGUUUACCUGGCAACACACACAUCACCUGGUGAAUGCAGCGAGGAAACACAGCAACUCCUCAACGACUACCAUCACUUCAGACUCAAUGCCAAGCAAACCAAGGAGAAGGUGAAGCUUCUGAUCCAGUUAGCGGACAACCUGGUGGAGAAAGGCCACGCCCACGUGUCGGAGCUGAAGCGCUGGGUCAGCACGGUGGACCGCCGAUACCGAGACUUCUCCCUGCGCAUGGGCAAAUACCAGGAGAGCCUGGAGAGAAGCCUGGGGGUCAGCUCUGAGGACAAUAAAGACUUGGAGUUGGAUAUUAUUCCUGCCAGCCUGACAGACGACCCCGAGGUCAAACUGCGUGACCCCAACCCCGAGGUCAACGAGGAGAAGAGGAAGUCUGCCAGGAAGAAAGAGUUCAUCAUGGCAGAGCUGCUGCAGACAGAGAAGACCUACGUCAAAGACCUCCAAGAGUGUCUAGAGAACUACCUGUGGGAGAUGACCAACGGCGUGGAGGAGGUUCCUGCCGCCAUCGCUAACAAGGAGCACAUCGUCUUCGGCAACAUGCAGGCUAUCUGCGACUUCCACAACAAUAUUUUCCUGAAGGAGCUGGUGAACUAUGAGCAGCUUCCAGAGGAUGUGGGUCACUGCUUCGUCACCUGGGCUGAUAAGUUCCACAUUUAUGUUGAUUACUGUAAGAACAAACCGGACUCCAGUCAGCUCAUACUGGAACAUGCCGGCACCUUCUUCGACGAGAUUCAGCAGAAACGUGGACUGGCUAACUCCAUCUCCUCCUACCUCAUUAAACCGGUCCAGAGGAUCACCAAGUACCAACUACUGCUUAAGGAGUUACUGUCAUGUUGUGAGGAGGGAAAAGGGGAGAUUAAAGAUGGUUUGGAGGUGAUGCUCGGUGUCCCUAAGAGAGCUAAUGAUGCCAUGCAUCUCGCCAUGAUGGAGGGAUUUGAGGAGAACCUGGAGGUGCAGGGCGAGCUG